GAACAGUCGAUUCCACUCAAUUUCAAACAAUGAAACCAAUCACAGUUGUUGUUCAAACUUUCGUUCUGUUGACCAUGCAUCCAAAUUUGAUACAAACUGCUUUGUACGAAAUAAGCAUGGAUUCGCUCGAGCCCGACCCCAACAGUGACGCGUCGUUCAUAGAUUACGGAACGCUGCGGGUGUCGAAAAAGAGCCGCAACCUGUUCGUGAUCGCCGGCUACUUUGAGUAUUUGCAAAAUUUGGACGACGACACCAAGGUCAUGUACGCAAUCUACCUCAACGACAACAAGAAACCGAUGAUUUCCGGUGAAAAGGGCUACUGCCAGGUGCUGGAAGGUGACAGUGGCGUUAUGCACCGGCUGCGUGAGCUGUCCAACCUGCCCCCGCCGGGGACGUGUCCCUUCCCCCGGGGCAAAUACACGAUCAACAACUACGAGCUGGACGAGACGCAGCUGCCGAUCGCGGUUCCACCGGGCCAAUAUUCGCUCGUGAUUAAAAUGGUUGAAGCUAAUCAGGUUAAAGCGGGCUACACCAUCAAGGUGACCAUUAAAUGAAUCAGCAUGACAGUUGAAUUUACGAUACUUUGGUGGAAAA